AUGUCCAAUAAAGCCUUAGAUCCCUCCACCGGAGCCCAUCAAUUCACUUUUGUUGGAGGUAAUAGCCCUUCAAAAGCGCGAAGUCAUGCUAUGCGGGAGUAUUGGAAACAACGACAUCGACGCCAGCAAGAGUCGACGCCUGGUGUGGGGCGAAUGGCUCGAGAGUUACUCCCACGUCAUCAGCAGAACAAAGGAACCUCCCAAAUUCAGGAUGAAGUUGCAGAUGUAUCUUCUUGCAGGAGACAUGAUCAUUGCGACGAUUGUGAAGAGAAUGAUUCCAAUAUUGCAGUGCAGCUUUUGAAAGGUGUCAGCUGUGCUCUACUUGGUUCAAGACCCGAUCCAUUUCAAACGUGUCCCAUCCACCUCACAUCCCAGCACCAAAAGCUUUUGCAUCACUGGAUAUGCACCCACGCCGCGAUGAUGUUUGACGACCUGGAUGCCAGUUCAUUCAAUCCGAUGAGGGAAGUUUGGUUUCCCCUGGACCUUUCAAAUGCUUCAUCUUUCAAUUGCAUCAUGGCCCAUUCUGCCGCCCACCUAGCUCACCUUUAUGCUGGGUCUCCUCCCCAUCGUGGUACAAAUUCAUCUGAUGCUUUGAAGUACAAAGCAGAGGCAGUAAGAAUUCUGAAUUCUUGGAUGGUUGAUCCUAAGAAAGAGCUAAGCGAUGACGCUUUUGCUGCCGUCGUUCGCCUUCUUACAUUUGAGAGAUAUUGGGGCAAUGAUAUAGAAUGGGAAAUCCAUCGCAAAGGCCUGCAAAAAAUGAUUAUAGCCAAGGGGGGGGGUUCAUGA